AAUGACAUAUUGUUGUGCAAAAUGUAAGAAUUUCUUUAUAACCCAACAGAUGAAGACAAUACAGCUGCUGAACCAUGAGUCUGUGCUGUGUCACUGGAGCAUAGCUGAGGAGGUUAAGCCUUUUAAAAAGAUCGAUAAGUUCCUGCCCCUCUACAAGCGUAAAAGAGCCUUGCAGGAGCAGCGUCCACCUCCAGUGGUGUUUGAGAUGUUUCCCUCCUCUGGUGUGCUGUCCCCUGGUGAACGGGUCAAUGUCCACAUAAAGUUCAAGCCUGCUGAUGGGUGUCCUUACAACAGACGGCUAGUGGUGCGAGUCACUGACAGCACCCAGGAGGUGUUCAUCGCAGCUCAGGGUCAGGGUGAGGAUCCACAUCUCGAGUUCUGCCCUUCGGUACUCGAGCUGGGCCCUUGUCUCCCUGCCAGCACUGACGUUGAAGCUGAGGUUACAGUGAAAAACCCCUGUUCUUUCCCCAUUGAGUUUUACUCCCUGGAGUUUGACACACAGUAUCUCCAGGAAGAAGAGAUUCUGCGUUUGAUGCAGGAUUAUAAAGACAACAGUGUGUUACUACUUCCUCCACGUGUCCCGGGAGAAGGGCUUCCCUCAGAACUGCUGGACUAUUACAAGGAGUAUUGCUCCAAGAUGAAAGACGAAGAGCUGAAGGCAGGUACGGGUCAUGACGAUCAAAAUGAAGACACACAGGGAGGAAAAAAUAAGCCUAAACUAGAUGAAGACCACCCAGAGAUUAGAACUACAGGUGUGAAACCACCUGAAAUGUUUUUCUCAGAAUUGACCAGAUUGGCGAGCAGCGAGAGUCUAAGACAGUUCGAGAUGACCCCUAUCUGCAGAGCAGUUGCCCGACAUAUGGGUGUUGACCUGUCACCUGAGGCUCUGAUUGGACGCAAUUGCAGAGGCAUUGCUAUUAUCGUAUAUGGAGCCCCACUGACAGAUAAGAGCAGCAUAGCAGCUGCUCUGGCACUUCGGUAUGGAGCAGCGUGCCUCUGUGUUGAUGAUGUGGUUACAGAUAUGCUUUUAAAUGGCACUUCACCGGUUAGCCUGACAGCCAGACAACUCUUUGACUUUGCUGCUACAGAGCAUGCUCAGAAAAAUGCUAAGGAAGCUGGUCUGGUCAUUGAGGAAACGUCUGGAUCAGGACCCACAGCACCUCUUGAAGCCUCCAAUCCAGAUUCAUCGCCUUUUAUACAAAAUACAGCCAACAACUGUGAGGACAACAGUAGUGAAAAUGACUCCAAGGCUCCCCUGAUGACUGAAAAUCAACACAUUGUCCAUUGUCUGGGAGGAGAUGUGACCACACUGAGGAAUCUGUUGCCUGAGCAUUUACUGGUUGAUAUCCUAGCAGAAAGAUUUCAGUUAAGCGAUUGUUAUCGUGGAAUAGUGAUUGAUGGCCUGGACUCAGCGUACACUCGGGUUCCAGCGAGCACUCUGCAGGUUGUUCUCAAGGCCUUAAGUAACCGCAAACACAUCUAUUUGGUCAACUUAUCUGACUCUUAUACAGCCCUGAAGGCACGGGAAAAAGCUCAAAGCGAAGCUGAAGAGGCUCUGCAGAAGGAGAAAGCUGCCAGGGAGGAACAAUGGCUGCAGGACAUGGAUGAGGAGGAGUAUAAUGCUCUGCCACAGGAGGUGAAGGAGCGCAUUAACAAAAAACACAGAGAGGAAUUCCGACAGCAGAAGUUUAGGGAGCAGAUGGAGAAAGAGCUGGAAGAAAAGAGGCAAUAGGAAGAGAACCAAAGGUUAAAAGAGGUGGGUGGAAAGAAGGACAUUAAAGAACCAUCAAGGAAGAAGAGCUUGCUGGGGGUAAAGCAGUCAACAUUGAAUGUGCUAAAGGCGUCUUCUGUUAACGACUCCAAAGAGCAAUUAGGGGACACAAGAGAGCAAUGUCAUCUAAAUGAAGAGCAUCAUAGCAAAGAGGCCGAUGAUCCACAGAAGCAGACAGAAGGAACCACAGGUUCUCCUCAACCCACAGACACACUGGAGAUAGACAAGAAUACAGAAACUGUAAAUGUGAAGAGUGCAGGAGAAGAAAAAGAGUUGAAAGAUGGAAAACAAGCAGGGGAGAGGAAUCAAAAAGACAGAGCAAGAAGACAGAGCUUACCUGCUGGGAAGUCCCAGGUGGAGAACCUGCAGUCUAAGUUCUGUCAAUACGAGGGGAGCCAAGCCCUGGUGGAGCAUAUCCUGCAGCACUGGGACCGGCGCCGGGGAUUGUUGUUGGUCCCACUCCCCACUGAAGAUGCUUUAGGGUCAGCUGAAGUUACAACAGAGAAGCAGGUGUGUUAGCUGGCCAACACACCUGGUGGUCCUCCAAUCCCUCCU